ACUUUUAAUGGAAUUUGUCAAAGCCAAUGAUUCAGAUGAUGCGGAAAAAUACAAUGUGGGUGGAGUUUUAGGAGACUUUGAGAGUGAAAAGCAUUUUCGUUUAACUAUAUCGCAUUUAAAUUUUGAUCAAAACUAUAAAACUAGCCGCAAUAUGACGUAUUAUGGCAAAACCAUACGCAUGGAUAAGAAUCCCAUAAAAACGGUGUUCAACGUUUGUGAUAAACUAAUUGAUAAAAGGGUUUAUGCGGUUGUGGUGUCGCAUGAACAAACCUCCGGUGAUUUGUCACCAGCUGCCGUUAGCUAUACAAGUGGUUUCUUUCAAAUACCCGUUAUUGGUAUCUCGUCACGUGAUGCGGCCUUCUCCGAUAAAAAUAUUCAUGUUUCCUUUUUGCGCACCGUGCCUCCCUACUAUCAUCAGGCUGAUGUCUGGCUGGAAAUGUUAAAUCAUUUUAGCUACACAAAGGUAAUUAUAAUACACAGUUCGGAUACAGAUGGUCGUGCCAUAUUGGGUAGAUUUCAAACAACCUCCCAAAACUAUUACGAUGAUAUAGAUGUAAGAGCCACCGUUGAAUUGAUAGUGGAAUUUGAGCCAAAAUUGGAAAGUUUUGCAGAGCAUUUGAUUGAUAUGAAAACGGCUCAGAGUCGGGUGUAUUUGGUGUAUGCCAGCACUGAGGAUGCCCAAGUGAUUUUCCGUGAUGCUGCUUUGUACAAUAUGACUGAGGCUGACCAUGUAUGGAUUGUCACUGAACAGGCCUUAAGUGCCAACAAUACACCAGAUGGUAUUUUGGGUUUGCAACUAGAACAUGUUAAUAGUGAUAAUCGCCAUAUAAGGGAUUCUGUAUAUGUUUUGGCUUCUGCUAUUAAGGAAAUGAUGAAAAAUGAAACAAUUACGGAGCCGCCAAAGAAUUGUGAUGAUUCGGGUGUUAAUUGGGAAUCAGGAAAACGUCUUUUUCACUACCUCAGAACCCGUAAUAUAACCGGUGAAACGGGCCAGGUGGCAUUCGAUGAUAAUGGCGAUAGGAUAUAUGCCGGCUAUGAUGUAAUCAAUAUGAGGCCAAAGCAAAAGAAACAAGUUGUGGGCAAAUUCUAUUAUGAUGAUGACAAAGGUAUGAUGCGUUUGAAAAUCAACGAUAGUCAAAUUAUAUGGCCGGGUGAACAGAAAAAGAAACCGGAGGGCAUAAUGAUACCCACACAUUUGAAAGUAUUGACCAUAGAAGAGAAGCCUUUUGUAUAUGUCAGACGUUUGACGGAUGAUGAAGUGAAUUGUGUAGAUGAUGAGGUGCCCUGUCCUCUCUUUAAUACCACAAAUGGAGUGGAAAACGAUUACUGCUGUCGUGGCUAUUGUAUAGAUCUACUUAAAGCCUUGUCACAGCGCAUUAAUUUCACCUAUGAAUUGGGACUCUCUCCAGAUGGUCAGUUUGGUCAUUAUAUUUUGAAAAAUUCCACUACCGGUACAAUAUCUUCAUCGACAAAGAAGGAAUGGACUGGUUUAAUAGGCGAACUGGUGAAUGAACGGGCGGACAUGAUUGUAGCACCACUAACCAUUAACCCGGAGCGUGCCGAAUAUAUAGAGUUUUCGAAACCCUUUAAAUAUCAAGGCAUUACAAUACUCGAAAAGAAACCAUCACGUUCGAGUACUUUAGUGUCUUUCUUGCAACCAUUUAGUAACACGCUUUGGAUAUUGGUAGUGGUGUCGGUGCAUGUUGUGGCUCUGGUUCUGUAUCUGCUGGAUAGAUUUUCUCCAUUUGGUCGUUUUAAACUUUCUCAUGUUGAUAGUCAUGAAGAGAAGGCUUUAAAUUUAAGUUCUGCCAUUUGGUUUGCCUGGGGCGUUCUUUUAAACAGUGGCAUUGGCGAGGGCACGCCGCGCAGUUUUUCCGCACGUGUAUUGGGCAUGGUGUGGGCUGGUUUUGCCAUGAUCAUUGUAGCCUCGUAUACUGCCAACUUGGCGGCUUUCCUCGUGUUGGAGCGUCCCAAAACCAAGCUGAGUGGCAUUAAUGAUGCUCGUUUGCGUAAUACUAUGGAGAAUUUGACUUGUGCUACGGUUAAGGGUUCAUCGGUGGACAUGUACUUUAGACGCCAGGUGGAAUUGUCGAAUAUGUACAGAACCAUGGAGGCUAAUAACUAUGAUACAGCUGAGAAGGCCAUAGAGGAUGUUAAGAAGGGCAAACUGAUGGCUUUUAUAUGGGAUUCAUCUCGCUUGGAAUAUGAAGCCUCUAAGGAUUGUGAAUUGGUUACGGCGGGAGAGUUAUUUGGCCGCAGUGGUUAUGGCAUUGGUUUGCAAAAAGGUUCACCUUGGACGGAUGCAGUUACUUUGACGAUUUUGGAAUUUCAUGAAAGCGGUUUUAUGGAGGCUCUAGACAAGGCCUGGAUAUUUCAUGGAAAUGCUCAACAAUGUGAACAAUUUGAGAAAACACCCAACACUUUGGGAUUAAAAAAUAUGGCAGGGGUGUUCAUAUUGGUGGCGGCCGGGGUAGCCAUAGGUGUGGGACUCAUAUUAAUCGAGGUGAUAUAUAAACGACAUCAGGUGAAGAAACAAAAACGAAUGGAUAUAGCUAGACAUGCUGCUGCCAAAUGGAGAGGAACAAUAGAGAAACGCAAAACCAUACGCACCUCCUUGGCCAUGCAACGUCAGUAUAAUGUGGGCCUUAAUGCCAAUCCCGGCACCAUUAGCUAUUCGGUGGACAAGAGACGCUAUCAUCGUUUGGGUCCUAGAGGACCGGAAAAUGCUUGGAUUGGUGACAACAAUGAUAUGCUGAGAAAUCGCCGUUUCUUAGAUCCCUCCAAACCCAAACACUCACCCAAAGUACAUGCUCCGCUUUUGGGCAGAAUGAAACAACAGCAGCCGGGUAAUCUAAUGCCACCCAAGUACUCACCCGGCUAUACAAGUGAUGUUUCACAUUUGGUAGUUUAAAAACCAAAUCGAA